CCCGGAAGUACAGUAGGACGUUCCAGACGACCGGUGGGACGGUUACUGGUUCUGGUCGCCAGGCCAGUUCACGGUUCUCGCUCCUCUAGCCAGUCUAGCCAGCGCGAUAACCAUCAAUUAGGGCUAAUGCAAAUUACACGACCAAGCGGGACGAGCGACCAGAACAAUGAGUAAUAUGCAGCAAUUACUGAUGACCGCGGUCCGGUGCAGCCGGUGGCCAGUGGGCGGUGGCACACUGGUACGGCGUCGUCCGUCCGGCAGGGUCGCCCACGUGUCGUUGCUGCUAGCGCUGUUGACGGUGCUCGGUGCGGUGGACCACAGCCAAGGCUAUCUGGAUGACCGUCAGCCGGUGUAUCUCGAGGCGAAGAUCGGCUCGUACGUGAUACUGGACUGUCCGGUCGAUUUUCCCCAGGACGAACCCAUACCGUACGUGUUGCACUGGAACAAAGACAACAAACCCGUUUUCACGCUGUACGACGGUGUACUAAACGCUUACGAAACCUUCAUCGGGCGGGUGACGCUGCUAAACAACGACAUUCUGUACGGCAAAGCCUCACUCAAUCUCACUUCCAUACGCGAAAGUGACAACGGUUGGUACGAGUGCAAAGUGAUCUUCCCGAACCGUGUGCCGAACAAGCGCAACAAUGGCACCUGGUUUCAUAUAUCCGUUUUAGGUGGCACAUUGCUGCGCAUCCCACCCGUCAAUCAGACCGUGCUGGAAGGUGAUCCGGCAUUUUUCCACUGCGUCGUACAGAACCCGGAAACGAUGUUCGUCGAAUGGUACAAGGACAAUGUGUCGCUGCUCGAGUACUAUGACCUUUCGCACCGUUCCAUGAUGGGACCGGACGGCAGUCUUACGAUCAAUCCAACACAGAUGAGCGAUCUCGGGUUCUUCACCUGCGAGGUGCGCAACACCGCCAACGAUACGCAAUCGGCUAGUGCGUACUUGAAUGUACAGUAUAAGGCGAAGGUGGUUUACGCACCGAAGGAGGUGUACAUUCCUUUUGGAGAGUCGGCAGUGCUGGACUGUCACUUCCGAUCGAAUCCACCAUUGAAGAAUCUACGGUGGGAAAAGGAUGGCUUCCUAUUUGAUCCAUACAACGUGCAGGGUGUAUUUUAUAAUCGCAACGGUAGCCUCCAAUUUGACAAGGUGGACGACUCACAUGCUGGCCGGUACUCCUGCACACCAUACAACGAUCUCGGUACCGAUGGUCCUUCCCCGAUCAUUAGCGUGAUCGUACAGAGGCCUCCGUUUUUCACCAUCAAACCAAAGCUCGUGUACGUCACCAAGAUGGGUGGAACGGUCGAGAUGCACUGUGACGCCCGUGAUCGUGACGGUUACCACGUUCCACACAUAGCAUGGGUUAAGAAAGAUGGAAGUUUGCUCCCGUACGGUCGGUUUUCCGUCAAUGGGGGAAACCUAACAAUCGAGGACAUUGUGGAGUCGGAUCGUGGAAUCUACGGUUGCCAAGCGACAAAUGAGGCCGCUACGGUGACGGCCGAUGCUGAGAUUAUGAUCGAAAAUGUAUCCCCACGGGCGCCGUACAAUUUGACCGGUAACAGUACCGACACGUCCAUCACGAUCCGUUGGGCACCGGGUUAUAUUCGCCAGUAUCUGGAGUACAUCAUCUGGUACCGGUUAGCGGAUGCACCGGAAUGGCGAACGCUGAAGGUAAACAACAAGCACAUUCUGGAGGCAACGAUCACCAACCUACAGCCUGCGCGAGAGUACGAGUUCAUGGUGCUGUGCCAGGACAACUAUGGCGAUGGAAUGUUUAGUAAAGCGUUCCGUUACUUCACAAAACCGACUGAGUUUGAGCAACCGGAAAAUGGACUGCAAGACGCGCUGCUACAGUUUAGCCAGAUUGGAUCACCGAGGAAUUUCCACGUGCGCAAGGAACAGGACCACUUCGUUGCCCGCUGGGAACCGCCGGAGCUGGGAUUGGAUCAGCUUCGCUUCUACAUUCUACGUUGGUGGAUCGAACCGCAGCACAAACUGCACGGAAGUGCGGAAACAUCCGAGACGAAUUACAUUCUCGAAAACCUGGACGAGGACGAAAUGUACACGUUCCAGGUGUUUGCGCUAUCGACGACCAACUACACGAGUGGCAGUAACGAGCAUGAAAUCUACGUUUACCCAUACCGGCGCGUCAAGGUGAUGACGGUCAGUGGCGUACUCAUACUGCUGUUCUGUCUCGCGGUUAUCAGCGCGCUGCUCUACAUGAAGCGGAAUCGCAUUCGGAAGCUGCGUGAAGCGGAAAACGUGAAAAUAUGAGACGCUUGCACGCACAGUCAAACAGCUUGCAAACACACCGAAGUUCAGGAGAGAGAUGUCGUCCGGGGUCACAAAUGUUUCGCUUUCGUUCCAACGGUUUUUUGUUCUGCGUCUUCGUCACCGUGGGAUGAUGACCACGACUCGAUACUGACCUGCCGUAAAUCAGCUGCCCUUCCCGGAUAAUAGUAGUAGUGCUAGUUAGUAGCAAGCGUACUCGUUGCUCGUAGACAGUCGUUUAGGAAAUGAAAGCAAUAAUUGUCAAGCACGGACCCAUACCUAAAACAAUAUUAAUCGAAAGACGUAAACAAAUGGAUACCGUUGCGGUUGCGUGCUAUGCCAGUGAGUACAGCAGACAAUAAUGAAAAACAAAUAAUUACUAUCGUGAAAUAGUAGAACGUUCUGUUGUUUUUUUAGUGCGAAUGAAUGAGAUCUUGUCAUUACUAAUAAUAAACGAAUUAAAGA